AUGUUUGUGAGGAUAAUCGCGACGACCUUCUCGUCAACGUUCACGACCACAUUCGCGACGACGGCCGUGGCGGAAUUCAAUUCGACAGCAUUCGCGACGUUAUCCACGACGGCGUUCGCGACAACAGUCGCGACCGCGUUCGCGACGACAUCCUUCCCCUGGCCCGUCAAUGUGAGCCCGCUCUUUCAUCUCCCUUCCCCCCGCCUCUUCCUUGUUUUACCUGUUUUCUCAUCCCAUCACUCUCUCGACUCGUAUUCUCUAUCAUCCGCCCCACCACCCGUUCCCUCCCUUCCCCCAUCAGCACACGGCAGUGGCACCGGACAGCACUGGGGUCAGUGGUGGGGGAUGAUCCUGAGGCUCUACUGCUCGACCUCACUACUGGCAAGGUUUGUGCCUCCCGCCCGCUCUACCCCUGCUCUCCCUUGCAUCCCUGCGCACUCUAUACCUUCUCCUUUUCACCCUCCUGCUCACUCCACCCCUGCCCAUGCCCUUGCCUUGCUCACUGCGGCCACGUGGACUACUCCUUCGCUACAGCCGGGCGGCUGCAACCUCUCUGCGACUGGCAGCCAGGAUGCCACGUACCGUGUGUGGGACCGCCGGUGCCCUGACUCUUCCCUGUUCACGCUUAAGGGGCGACUGGGGGCCAUUCGGUUCAUGGCCUUGGUGGAACCAGCAGGCUUUGUGCAUGUCUUUGACACGAGAAGCGGGUUCACCCGAGCACAGGAGAUCGGCAUUCUCGGCGAGAUUACAAGCAUCUCCUUUUCUCCUGAUAUAGAAGCACUCUUCAUUGGCGUGGCGGACCGCACGUACAGUAGUCUGCUGGACUACACCCUCGCACAUUCGUACGAUUAUCUUAAUGCGUGCAUGUAA